GUCGCCAUCUUUGAUCAAGGCAAGGGGGUCAGGAUCUUCCACAAUAAGGCAAAUCGUUGUUUAGCGAAGAACCAGAAAGUUUCUAAAUCGUAUCCUUUCUAAUUUUGAAGGCGUUUGUGAAGGUAUAUAGCUGGGCUCAUAUUGACCAAUGAGCGGCUCGGAAGGCCGGUUGUCCGGUUACCGGUGGCGCAGUGCAUUGUGGAUGGAAAAUGGCAGCGCGGAUCGCGAGCUGGUGCCGACGGUUUAACGGAAUCUUCAAUGGCGGGGUCAGCAGGGUCAGCUCGGAAAACUUGACCAAGUUUCAGAAAAUUGGGCUGGGAUCAAGCCUAACUCUACAGUGUAGAUCCCUGCAUACUUCUGAUUCCUGUCAAGGACUAGAGGAAUUCUUUGAUGAUCCUAAGAACUGGGGAGAACAGACUGUAAAGUCUGGUGCACCUUGGAUGGCAAAACAGCUACGAAUAAAAAGCAACGAAGAUUUACACAAGCUCUGGUACGUCCUUCUCAAAGAAAAGAACAUGCUUUUGACUUUAGAGCAAGAAGCAAAGCGACAACGAUUACAAAUGCCAAGUCCAGAGCGCCUAAAGAAAGUAGAACGAUCUAUGGUUAGAAUUGACUCAAUUGUUCAGGAACGUGAAGAUGCUCUGAGAUUGCUGCAGACUGGACAGGAAAAAGGCCGUCCUGGUGCUUGGAGGAGGGACAUCUUUGGGAGAGACUUUUGGUACAAAUUUAGGGAAUGGCCUAUUCCUUGGUACCUAAACAAGAUAUACAGAAGAAAACGAUUUUACACACCACCAUUUGUGGAUAUUUUUGUUAGGCGACGUAUUGAGAAACACCUACGUAAAAAGAACAAUGCAAAGAAGGCAAGAAAGGAAGAAGAAAAAGCACUAAGUAAAAAAUUCCCUCAGCUUUCUGCAUCAGCACAAAGUUAACCCUACAAUGUAAAAAGGAUGUACAAAUGUGAAAAUAAACUUGUAAAUAAAGGGUAAAA